GCUACGAAUGCUGGGAAGUGUUUAGAUGGCGACUUGCUUUUGAUCACGGUGCAUUCCAUCUAUGUGCUCUACUUGUUAAACGUUUCCCUUGCUUUGGUUUAUACGAAAGCUAAGCAAGUAGUAUUACCGGAUACAUAAAAAACGGACGGAAUGAUGUGACUUGAAGGACAUCCGAAAGAAUGCCAUAUUUUGAUGAAAACUCCGGGUGAAAACUCCACGUUUAUGUACGAACAUUAGAGGGAUCAAGGACGUAGGCCACAUGAAUCUCAACGUUCAGUUCACUUGCUUGGGUUCAGGUAAAACCGAGAUUAUAAAAAUAACCAUUAAUGACUUGGAUAACAUGUCAGUAAAAGAACUGAAAAAGAUUUUGGAGGUAGAAAUUCAGGUACCUGCAUGUGACCAAGCCAUCUUUUUCCAAGGGAGGUCGUUAAGUGAUAAUUCAUUCCCUCUUAAAAAGCUAUAUCUGCGUCAAGGUGAUACUGUUUUAGUGGAAUGCACAGCUCAGGGCUAUCUUUCGGAGAUGAAAGAUCUUUUGGAAGAGGUUACAAGCUUUGCGGACUCAAUAACUUGUCGGGAUCAAAGCGAUUUGUUGACGGUUUGUUCCAAAAAGGACAUGAGCGAUUAUGUCUCUUACGACAACAUUUGUAGAGUUCUAGAACAUUUGUCAUUCAGUUACUUCAUUCCAUGGAAGGAUACGCAGUCUAUUGUACAUCGCCAUUACUUUGUACAAGAAGGUGCUUUUGAUUCUUUUAUGGAAGUUCUGAAGUUUGCUAGUAGAAGGUACAGACUGGAAGAGAAACCAAACUCGAGGUAUGCUUUAUAGUUUUGUUAUGUUCUAGUCAAUAGCCUAUUUUACUAUUACAAGUGAAAACGAGGCUGAGGUUGACCUUGUUAUGAUAAAACCCCGCUUUUUUAUGUAAAUCAUGGUGUUCUUACAUGCUAACUAGUAUUUUUUAAGGAAAUUGUUUAUAACAAAAGGAAAGAGGUUUGUAUUAAAACAAGGUCAACCUCAGUCUCACAUUUAUACAAAGGCUAGGUUACUAAGCCCACAACUAUAAAAUGGUCUGUUCCAAAACAUGCCCUCCCCAACCCCUAACCCUAAUCUAACCCCUAACUACCACCACCCCCCCCCCUAAAAAAAAGAAAUUUUUGUCACAACUCUAAGUCGUGGAAGAAUGUUAAUCAACCGUAAAUUGAUACUUAAAUAGUACCCAGCUUCAAAUAAGCAUAAAUUUCCUUCAGCCUGAAAGUCAAUUAUAAAAAUAAGCAUACCCUUUGAAUGAUUGCCACAACUCUCCACUCUUUGUUAAAUAUACAGUUAAGUCCAUACAACCCCAUUAUCUACAAUGAAUCUAGCAUAAUAAUUUUUUCAGAUCCUGAAGAUAUAGCUCCUCCAAAAUUAGUAAGACACUUGCCACUUUUGCAAAUAUGCCUGAAAUACAUGUACAGUACACCUUAUUUGCCCCACCCCCCCCCCCCCACCAAAUUUGGCAUGAGUGCUGUUUUCAGUUUCUCUAAGGACAACUGAAGUACCCACAAGAAACUUUUAUCAUUUAGGGGCAAUGCAAAAGUGGUGAAUGAGAGUGGCACCUUUGUUUACUCACACAUUUGCUGUUGUUUUUCUUUUCUUUUUUCAUCAUAAUGAUUGUUGUUAUAAACAAAAGUGAUGAGAAACAGUUGCCCGGUUAACUACAGUAGGCAGCUGUAAUUCACACCAUUUGCAAGAGCUUUUAGAGGGUCCUGGAGUUGAGGCCAUCUACAUGCAAACAAGAAGAGAUAUUCUGCUUGUACUGCAGCACACCUUUCCCACACACAAGAUAUAAACAAGAUUUUGUUUAAAACCAGGACAAUAUAUUGCUGGAAUUCUUGAGUUUCUUUUUAUAUUCAAAUCUCUUUUCAGGAAACACUUUGGAAAAUCUAGAGACAAAGAAUCAGAAGCACUCAGUGGCCUGCUAAAGGAGUUAAACAAUGAACAGAUGACGUUACAGAUGCACUGUUUGAGUCUGCUGUGGAAUUUCUCAGAGACACUACAUGAUCGUCGGCUUGUGUUACAGAAGGGAGGGCUGCAACUAGUUAUCAAGGCCUUACUGCUGGAUCCCACUGAAUACUGUGUUCCUCUUACUACUGAUGAAUACUAUGAAGUUGCAAGCAUUAAUGAAACAGCUGUUGGCUGCCUUGUCCAGUAAGAUUUCAAGCUUUGCUACUGUAACAAAAUUCUGAAAUCUGAUUGGCUAUCAGCUGCUCUGAUAUGAUAACAAAAUUCUCCAAUCUGAUUGGCUAUUAACUAUCCUGAUUUCAGCAUUAAUAGGAUAGUGUAAUAGGACAGUACAUGUCAUUCCUUUAAUUGGACAGUAUUCGCCAUUGCGUGCGCAUGCUCAGAAUUUUUUGUUUUCAUCAGAAAAAAACCUAAAAUACAGGGUUCUCAAUAGAUUUUUAAGUAGGAGGUGAUCACUGAUAAAGUAGGAGGCUCUUCAGCAAAGCCAGAGGUGUCAAAACAAAGCAAAGAAAAGCGACCUAAACACAAAGUAAGCGGCUAUAAAUCCCAAAGUAAGCGGCGAUCAAUCGCCGGGUGCCGCCUUCUAUUGAGAACCCUGAAAAUAUCACGAAUUUUGUUAUAGUUGAGAUUAAUUGGUAACAGAACUUCGUGUUGUCCAAUUCUGUAUGUACCGUAUUUAUUCGAUUAACCGCCCUGGGCGCUUAUUAAGUUUUUGGACCUUGAGAGUGGGCACUUAUUCAAUGAGGGUGCUUAUUCGAGGUUGGGCGCUUAUUAAAUUUUCACCAUUUUCAGCAAGUGAAGUAUGUUUAUUUUGCAACAAAACAAUAAAUGCUCCUAAUAACAAAACGCGAAGAAGUGACAAAGCAAGGUUUCUGUAAAAUACUCUGAAGAAAACUCCGUCCUCGGGGAAGUCUCUUAUUAGAAUUUAUUCACUCAAGUGGGUGGAAUGGGGGUGAGCGCUUAAUUGAAGGAGGGGUGGGCACUUGUUCAAGGCUGGGCGCUUAUUAACUUUUUCUGCCGUUAGGAUGGGUGCUUAUUCGAGGUGGGCGCUUAAUUCAAGGUUGGGCACUUAUUCAAAUAAAUACGGUAAUCAUACUCAUCAAAUCAGACUCCCGCUACAUGGUUGUGCAAUUUUGUUAAUCACUCAUAUGAUUACAGACCAAAUUGGACUCCACUCAGUCCUAAAUUACCAUGGUUAUUAAUAGGAAAGUGUGCAUCAUGCCUAAUUAAUUGGAUGGAACACGCCAUUGCGUUGGAAUUUGAAUAUACUUAUUGUACCCGUGAAUAUACAAAUCGGAUUUCAGCUUCUGGGUCAUCUGAUUUUGUUCAUCACUCGUUUGAUUACAGACCAAAGUAGACUCCACUCAGUCCUAUUACCAUUUAGCCAUUUUCAGAUUAGUUUUGUCACUUUUUACCAGUAUCUAAAGUAUUUGUGAAGGUUUUGGUUUACCUUUUGUAAAUUGUUUUUGUUGUUGUCAGUUCUUCAAAAGAUACAGAAAGGCUGAAUAUUUUAGCUUCUAGACAUCAUAAAGGCAAAUUUAUUUGUCCACUAACCCGUAAGUUUGUAGACAAAAUCCUAUGGUAUUACCAUUGCAACGAAUCCUAUUUCCGAAGGCUUUUGCAAUGUGCAUUUAAUUUUUAACAGGAUUUUACAAAAAGAAAUCUGAUUUUUAUUUUGUGGAAGUGUUAAUAUCAUACAUGUAACGUUCUGUUAGUCCCAUUCAUGCAAAUAUUAAUAGCGAACUUACAUUAUAUUUUGAUCUUACAGGUAUGCUGAAUUUCCUGAUUGCCAGGAGAUUGUUUCCAGCAGCCCUGACACUGUUGGUAAACUCAUGUUUAUGGUUGGGAGUCAAUUCCAAUUUCAUCAAAAGACUGGACCAAUCAUUGAGACAUACAACAAGUACCCAGCACAGAUUGCUGCAAACACAUUAUUCUGCUGUGCAUGCAGUUUAAAAACUCCAAAGAUUUUAGUGGAGAAUGAUAUGCACAAAAGAAUGAUCAACCUGAUGAGAUUUAUGCCUCACGAUGAGUUGGCUUUCAGGUAAAUGAUGAUUUAAUUAGAAAAUAAACAAAACACUAUGUCCACUAGGGGGGCUGUUUCUGGAUAGUCCCGGUAACUUUUUGAACCCAAAGUCCAACAUUCAAACAGAUAAAGAGAGGGGGGUAAAUGGGCACACCUAACCUCACCUCAGGUUUGUUGGUCAUAUUUUGAAUGAUCUUUCAAGCUACAUGCACAUGUGUACCGAAGUCAAUUAAGGACACUUUACCCUUAACCUUCACUUACACUAGACAAGAGACGUUGAAUUUACAUGAAAACUUCUCCUCUGGUAAACUUUCUUGUUUUUGGGUCCCUACAACUCUUUUUCUUAGAGUACAGCGUUGCUUUGUGUCAUUUAAUGUAGAGUUUAUUAACCCUUUAAGCCCUAAGAGUGAUCAGCAUCAAAUUUCUCCUCGUAACAUCAAUGCUUUGUUAAACAGAGUGACAUGAGAAUUACGGACGUGAUCACACAAGAUGAAUUGGCGUGAUAUUUUAUCAGCUUCUCCCCGUUACUUCUGUAGGAAAUGAAUAGGGGCUUAAAAUGAGAAUUCAAAUUUUGAUCUUCGGGUUUAAGGGGUUAAUUUUAUUCAUUCAUUUUUUAACUUUCAUAGCUACUACUGUACCCUGUUUCUGGCAAGAAUUAGAGCGUCAGCUUUGGUUCAGUUGGAUCCACAUGAAGGAAAAAGCGUGGAUGACAUAAUUGCCUCUUUUCUAGCAACGAAGAAACCAACAGAUAUAUCACGAUGGGAGGAGAAUCACAAUUAUGUAUGGAUAAGCAUGAUACCUUUUGUUAGCUUAGGCUUCUCAGGUUUGCAAAUCCAAAAGGAAAAAGAUUCAUCAGGUGUAAGUUAUGCCUUGAAUUCUGGCAAUGAAUGUGCCAAUGACAACAGCUGCUCUGAGGAGCAUGAUCCAUCCUUUGGGAUGGCAUGUCUAGACAAAUUUGAUGGUCCAAGUAUGGUUUCUACCAACCAGAAUAGUAUUCUAAAGAAAAAUGCUAUGGAGAGUGCUGAUAUAGAAAGAUAUAAAAAUUCCUGCAACAUUAAUGUGCCAGAGAAGAGACAAGAAACUAUGCUCGGAUCUACACAAACUCAAAAGCUUGGCCUAUUUACUUUGCAGCAUAUGUUGUACUCUAAGGGAAAUCGACAGCUUAUUGAAAAUGAGCAUUUGCUGUCAUUUCUGGACUGUCUGUGUUGGCAUGUGAAUCCUGCAGAUGGUGGAUUGUUAAAUGCAGAAUUAAGGAAAUAUUGGCCUCCAAAACCACCUUCUCUUUCAGUGAUAUGCAAGUCCAGCUUAUCAUUUAUUUAUGGCUUUGAAACUGCUUUAAAAAUGUGACAACUGUAUCACAGAAAGUGGAUUGAACAGAAGUGAAACUUUUAUAGAGUCUUACAAAGUUUGCCAUAAGUCACAAAUAUUUGAAUGAUCUUAUUGAUUCUUUCAAUCUUCAGACAGGGUAAGAUUCAAAUCGUCA